ACACACACACACACACAACGACGCACGUCGUUUCGUCAUCGUCGCCUCAGAGAAGUCACAAAACUCGCAGAAUAUUUACGGCGCUUGUCAAUUGGAAUUUAUUCCUAUCGUUCUACCACCACGGGCGAUGUGGAAGUAAAGUCUGCAUUGCAACUGGAUGGGAAACCCCCCCACGCACGCUCGCUGACUUUGCAGGAGUCGCCCGUCAAAUGAAAGGAUGGAGUUGUGGUGCGGCUGAAGGGAGCCGCUGUCUCUGAGGGAAGAAUGCACUCCGUAAGACAACUUUGCUUACUUUCCGUGCCGUAAAGACGCAUCGAGCCAUGGGUUGAAAGAGGCACGGUGCACGCUGCGUGGGGAUCUUCAGUGUGGGCGGGAGUUAUGUAAUGAUUGACACUGCCUGAAAAUCAGUGGGAGAUCAGAAAUACAGCCCUUUUUUAUCCCGUCUUUGUCUAAAAUGGUAGGUGAUGGAUUAUAAACUGGUACUCAUCGAGAUCUAUUGCAUCAUUAACGGUUUGUCAGCAUCCUUCAGACCAUUUUAGGUGUUCAUCAUGAUGGCCCAAACUCUGAAGGCAUUCCAUGCUGGUUUGGAAAACUCUUCGAAAAUGGCAGCAGAUGAUCAGACAAUCAACAAUUUAUCCCUCUCAUUUGUCAGUGUUCUUCUCCGCAUGGCGAAACCCCAAAGCACUUCGAAGAUGUUCUAGUGCUCAUGCUAGCCCUCCCAUUUGACGACAUGUAGUCAACCCGACAAUCACCUCUGAGGCUUUUUGUUUUUCCGCAUUCGAAGCUAAUAGUUCAUCUCCUCCAGAGUUUCCGUCGUGUCCUCCCUCCCCCCCCACUCAUCAGGGCUGGUGGGGGGGGCGGAUCUGGGCUUCCGCCAUGGAGCCCAGCCCGGAAAGCCCCAACCGGGCGGUGGAAUACCUCCUGGAGCUCAACAACAUCAUCGAGAGCCAGGCCAAGCUCCUGGAAACCCAACGGAGGCGCAUUGAGGAGCUGGAAGGCCAGCUGGACCGCGUCAGCCAGGAGAAUCAAGACCUGAGGCAGGAUCGCAGCCCUCGGACCCCUGGCUCCAACACCCCGGAGCAGAACCAUGAUCACGGCCAGCCUCUGUCGCUCCCCACCCAUCACGGCGGCGGUGGGAACGGCAGCGCGCCCUUGCCCCAGACCAAAGGUGGAUCUGCGACGGCGCCGGGGGCCGGCAGGGACAGGAGGACCCACACUCGGCUGACCCGAGGUCUCUCCUGUGGCUCGUCUACCACCGAGAGAGACCGGCUCGAACGCACCGACAGCACAGACACCAACACCAGCGCCACCAUUCGCAGAAAUGUGCGACCAUCGUCCAUCUCAGGGCAGCAGCCCACCUCAGCUCCCAGUACUCCCACCAUGGUGGUGGGCGCCUCUGCCCUCGCCACUCUCUUCUCCAGCAGUCUGACUGUUCACAGCUUCGUCAGUCUCCAUCAGUACUGCUGCCCCUCGACUGGCCCAAGCUUGCAGCGGCAGCACAGUGUGGAAGUGGAGUCGCAUUGUCCCGGGGAGAGGGGCACAAACAAGGACAGCACUUUCAGCAAGACACCUUACCUGCGCGGCUCAGAACACUACGGUGACAGCAACAGCAGCGUGACUGCCCCCGGCUCCAGAGGCCCCUCAUGCGUGGCAGUCUCCAGUUCAGCCAGCUUGGCCUGGGCGCUGCGAACACGCCACCAACCAGCCAGCCUAGCACUUCGUAAGCAGGAAGAGGAGGAAAACAAGAGAUGCAAGGCUCUUUCAGACAGUUAUGAACUUUCAACUGAUCUACAGGAUAAGAAGGUGGAAAUGCUGGAGAGAAAGUACGGGGGCUCAUUUGUGAGCCGGAGGGCAGCCAGGACCAUUCAGACAGCCUUCAGGCAGUAUCGCAUGAGCAAGAACUUUGAGCGCCUCCGAAGCUCUGCCUCAGAGAGUCGGAUGACACGUCGCAUCAUCCUGUCCAACAUGAGGCUUCAGUAUUCUUUUGAUGAGCGGCAGCCUCAGCAGCAGGCCCAGACGCAAACCAACUUCACCCACAGUGUGGCCAUAGGUCCUCCUCAUUCCCCUGACACCGAUCGCACGGGAGCCUAUACCCACUUAGAGGACUCCUUCUGCAAACAGGUUAAGUCCCUCGCUGACUCGAUAGACGAUGCCCUGACCUGCCGUACGAGUCGCAAUGACUCCCAAGAAGGCAGCAGAGAGGGUGGCGGUCUUAGUGAAGAUUUUGGGGAGUGUAUGUGGAGCAGCAGCAGCAACCCCUCCUCCCGACGGAGUCUGGGCGAAAGAGCCAGAGGAGUCGGAGGAGGACUCAGCAUGCACGGAGACAGUACGGCCACCUCGUACAGCGACGUCACGCUUUACAUGGACGACGGCAUACCGUCCUCUCCCCUCUCCCCGGACCGGGCACCCAGUAGCACAGACACAGAAUACUGGGGCCCCGGUGGGGGUGUCGGGGUGCGUGAGGACAGCAGGGACACAGAGGGAGGGGGCAGCAGUAACAGUCGGCGCAGUACACCGUGCACAGAGUGUCGGGACUAUCGUCUGAGGGGAGCACACCUGCCUCUUCUCACCAUUGAGCCGCCGAGCGACAGCUCAGUGGACAUGAGCGACCGUUCAGACCGGGGCUCUCUCACCAGACAGCUGGUGUACGAGCAGGAGCCUGGGGUGGGGGCUGGCUCUCCUCAGGGAACGCUCAAACACUCCCACAACACAGGCGCUCGCUCGCCGUCCACGACAGCCGCCCAGGGUCAGAUCCGUGCGCCAGGCAGAGCCAUGCCCACACACAUCCCUCACCAGGUGGCCUCGCUCCACCACCACCACCACCAUCACCAUCAUCACCCCAUCCACCACCAUCAGUACCCUGACACGCCCUCGUCGUCUUCAUCGCCCCAACAGCCCCCCACCACCCCUCUGUCCUCCUCUUCCUCGACAGCGCUGCCCUCCGGAGGGUUGGAGCAACCGUGUUGCUCGGAUGGAGACAACGACUCUCUGAACUCUACCACCAACUCCAAUGAGACGGUCAACUGCAGCUCCGGUUCCUCGUCUCAGGACAGUCUCCAGGACCCCCUGCCCCCUCUGGGCAAGCAGACUUAUCAAAGGGAAAGCCGUAAUAGCUGGGACUCUCCGCCCUUCAACAGCGACGUUGUCCAGCGACGCCAGUACCGCAUAGGUCUCAACCUCUUCAACAAGAAACCAGAGAAAGGAAUCCAGUACCUGAUUGAGAGAGGCUUUGUGUCAGACACUCCUGUUGGGAUCGCUCGUUUCAUCCUCGAGAGGAAAGGUCUGAGCAGGCAAAUGAUUGGAGAGUUCCUGGGAAACCGGCAGAAGCAAUUCAACAAAGAUGUUUUAGACUGUGUGGUCGAUGAGAUGGACUUCUCCGGAAUGGACCUUGAUGACGCGCUGAGGAAGUUCCAGGCUCAAAUUAAAGUUCAAGGAGAAGCGCAAAAAGUCGAACGGCUGAUUGAGGCCUUUAGUCAGAGAUACUGCGUAUGCAAUCCUGUUCUGGUUCGGCAAUUCCAGAACCCUGACACCAUCUUCAUUUUGGCCUUCGCUAUAAUCCUUCUCAACACAGACAUGUACAGCCCUAACGUCAAAGCAGAGAGGAAGAUGAAGCUGGAGGACUUCAUCAAGAAUUUGAGAGGCGUAGAUAAUGGUCAGGAUAUUCCCAGGGACCUUCUUGUUGGGAUCUACCAGCGGAUAGAGAAAUGGGAACUGCGGACCAAUGACGACCAUGUGUCUCAAGUGCAGGCAGUGGAAAGAGUUCUUGUGGGCAAGAAGCCUGUGCUGUCCCUACCCCAUCGUAGGCUAGUGUGUUGCUGCCAGCUGUACGAGGUGCCCGACACCAACAGACCUCAGAGAACAGGGUUACAUCAGCGUGAGGUCUUUCUCUUUAAUGACCUUUUGGUGGUAACCAAAAUCUUUCAGAAGAAGAAAACCUCAGUGACGUACAGUUUUAGACAAUCUUUCCCUCUGGUUGAAAUGCAAGUGCACAUGUUCCAGAACUCAUAUUACCCUCAUGGCAUCCGCCUGACCUCCGCAGUCUUGGGUGGGGAACGAAAAGUUCUCAUCGUCUUUAUGGCCCCGAGUCAGCAAGACCGCACCCGCUUUGUGAGUGACCUCAGGGAGAGUGUCGCUGAAGUGCAGGAGAUGGAGAAAUACAGAGUCGAAUCGGAGUUGGAGAAACAGAAAGGUGUCAUGAGGCCCAGUUUGCUGACUGGAGGUGUGGUGGGAGGUGGAGCUGGUGUGAAGAGCGACAUUGUGAAUGGUACUUUGGGAAGGACAAGUUUUGAUGACAACUGCUCCGUUGGCGAAGGUCUCAAACGCACUGCCCUUAGUUCAUCUCUCAGGGAUUUAUCUGAGACAGGGAAGCGUGGUCGAAGGAACAGUGUUGGUUCUCUGGACAGUACUAUGGAAGGAUCCAUCAUUAGCAGUCCGCAGCCUCACCAGCGCUACCCGGUGCCAGGCGUGGUCCCGGGCUGCUACACAACAGAAGACUUCCGGCCUCAUCGCCCCAUCCUGAGCCCCGGAACGGGGAUGGGGGGUGGGCCGGGGCAGCAACAUACCACUGCUGGGACAGGAGUCGGGGGCGUCCCCAGCAGUGUCGAGAGAGCGGGAGCGGGGAGCUGCCCUGCGGGGAGCGGCAACAACAGUGGCUCCUUCCUGGGCUCACUAUUCGGCAGCAAACGCGCCAAACCGCCGGGGCCCCUUAUUCCACCGGGGCCACCCUACCCCGCGCCUGUCCCCCCACCGACGACGGGAGGGCCUCCUCCUCACUCCCCUUCAUCCCUGUGCCAGUCGUUGGACGGGGGGCCUUCCAAGAUCCAGGCGCUGCAUGCACAGUAUUGCCACGCGACUACCGUGCAGCCCCCGCCACCGUACUACCACCACCAUCGCUACCACGCCCAAAAUGUCACUCCUCCUUUGCAAGGGGCGCCGCCUCAUACUAUACAGAGAGGCCCGCCACCCUUUCGUACACCCCUUUGCCCCCCGCAUGCCCCGCACCCACAGCUGGCCCAUCUCUCCCAGCUCUCACAGCAUGGGCUUCCGGGUCGCUUCACCAACAUGGUGGUGGGACGUCCCCCGCCCCUUUCUCCUCUCUCCCAGCAUUCCUCGAACCCACAGUUUGCCCUGUACCACUUGCAGCCUACACACUCUAUCAGGGGGUGCGCCGCAGGCCCUGUUACCAAACCGCCCCUAACCUUGUCUCACUCGCAUCCGCACCCCCACGCACACUCCCAAACCCACCCCGGCCACGUGCACACACCGCACCCGGCCAGCCACUCCGGCCAUCAAACACACUUCAUCUUCGGCACCCUGCCCCACAAUCUGCCAUCCGCUACCGUCAACGCGCAUCAUGCAGCCUCCGCCGGCCAGUAUCUGCCCCAGUACCCUCCUCUCUCUUCCAUCCCCCCUCCCCCACCACACUCCCCUUUACCCCCCCCUUCGUCCCCCCUUACCCCUCUUACACCUCUCUCCCCUCUCCCCCCCCAGCACCCCGGGCAGCCUCAGCCAGGGCCGCAGGUGACGGGUGCCGGAGCGACAGGUACAGGGGGCAGUUCCAAGUCCAAGCCUAUCAACCGGAUAAGCACCGUAGUGUGAGCAGGGUGUGGGCCGCCCGGGGUCAUAGGUCGGACGAUCGGGUGGAGGACGCUGCCAGGGCCAGGGCCAGGGCCAGAUCUGCUAGGACCGAGAGCAAUGGCGGCAACGCGGCUGACAAGAGAAAACGCAGUUUGCUCCGCCUCUGUUACUUUCACCUCCGUUUCCCGCAUAUGUAAAUCGCAAGCACGCACGCGUCACACGAACACAAAGCACACGAUGUUCAAACAAGCCGAUAGCCAUAUAAUUAAAGAUUCAUAUUUCUAUGUGUUGGUCAUGCGUCGGUUUUAAGCUGUUUGAAGUCUUACUUAGGGUCAUAUUCUCCCUUGUUCGUAAGUCGCAAAAAGGCACCUUCCUGGAUGUGCGCUUUCUCCCGUCCAAUCAAAUGUGUCAUUUAUGUACCCUCGUGCUGUCCUUUAAAAAGUCUUAAAAGGCAUGGAAUCCCUGAGUCUAAAAACAAGGUUUUAAUUGGCAUUAAAAUGUCUGACAUCAAAAUGUCAAAAAAUGUCAACAUACGAUGAGUUAGGAUGUUGUGAUUGUAGUCUAUAGUUUCAAAAUGAUUUACAUUCUUCAAGAUUUUUAACAAAUUACUUUCAUGGUAACAUUGUGCAAUCAAAGUUAAGGUAUUUUUAGAUGGGACUCCUGAUAUCAGAUACAGGUACAGUACAUGUCAUUUAUGUACUGUCACAACUUUGGACAACAUGGGACAUUGUGACCAUCGCUUAGCUGGUCUUAAACUUAAUUUCUAAUGGAAUUUAAAAAUCUGAAAUUUAACCUACCUUAACCUGUAGGAGCCCUGACCAGGUACGCGCACUGGGAGGAGCAACCCAAAAAUGUGGGCCUUCCUUCUGAAAUCUAGAGUGCUGAAUUUUGACAGUGACUGGUCUCAAAAUGACCUUUGUUUUAGCUUUGCGAGCGGCUAUAUUGAUAUCAUGAGUUCAUUUGUUUUUUUCAUUAGAUCGAAGAAAAAGCAGACCUAUGUUUAAAUGAAAAUGCAAAAUUUUAAUGAAAAGAAUCAGAGACAAGAAUAAUAAUUUAAGUAACUUGAUACUUCCAUUAUAAUUUUUAUACUUAAGUUUAUAUCAUGAUAGGUACUGUGACCGUGAAGGGAUUUAAUUUAUACCAUGAUCUGAAUUUUAGGACAUAUCGCAGGGCCCUCAGUCUCCAUUUCAAGCAAUUUAGUCUAUGAGAAAAAUAGGAAUAAAUAAUUU